AUGGAAGUUUCGGAACCAAUCGAAACCAUGUCAGAGAUAACCCAGAUCCCUGUCGCAGAAACUAUCACCUGCUUUACAGAUGGAGCUUGUCAAGCAGCUUCUGGAGUCGCUGGUGCAGGCUGGAUGUUCAUUGAUAGCAAUGGCGAAGAGCUCGGAGGUGGAUACGGUGCAGAACGAGAUGUUCUUUCUCCAAUCACGACAGAGGCUUUGGCAAUCAAAUCGGCUCUUCAUAACGCCUUUGAUCUCGGUUACGCCAACCUUCAAAUCAAAUCAGACGCUCAUGAUCUCAUCGGAGCAAUAACAAGGCAAGAGCAAAUCAAGGAGAUCGAUGGUCUCCUCAACGACAUCAACACUCUAGCAUCUAUGUUCACCUCUAUCUCCUUCAGUUUCAUCCCUAGAUCCGAAAACACGCUUGCUAAAAAGAAGAACAUGGAAGAUAUCAUUACUGGUGGUUGGGGUCCCAUCAAAGACAUUAAGGACCCUGGCGUUGAUGUCAUCGCCAACUUCGCUGUCUCCGAGUUCAAUAAACACAACAACUCGAAAGUAAAGUUUCAUACUGUUGUUUCCGGCGAAUUUCAACAUGUCCAAGGCGUUAAUUUCCGGCUAGUGCUCGAUGUUAGUGAUGAAGAAGACGGUGGUUGCAAGACCUACGAGGCGCAGGUACACGAGCAGGCCUGGCUCGAUUCCAUGGUUCUUAAAUACUUUAAACCCGUCAAUUAA